AAAAAGAAAAACUAUGGAAAAACUAGCAAGAGUUAUUAAAAGGGUUAACCGUUUACACAGUAGAGGUCGCUAUAAAACUUAUACUUCCGGUUAGACCCGACGUUCACCCAUGUUUGUAAGUGUAGUAAAACGAAAAUACUUGUAUGUUUAAAUGGGAAACAAUAUGGUACAGUGUAAAUGUUUAAUGUUUAUUUCAAUUUUUACCCCUUUUAAAAAAUUUGAUUUGACUCUUCUUCUAUCCCAAAGCAUUUAUUCUUUAAAAAUUACGAUUUAGGAGAAUAAAUAAGAUUCAAUCCCCUAUUUUCGAUGAUUACAAAACUUGAUUUACACUACACAACUUACACUGACUACAUUACUAGAUACAAUAUUUAAGAUGAGACUUAGGGCCUACAUUUAACCUCAUUUAGGCCUAGAGAAAAAGGGAAAAAAAUUACUUCACAUUCGUCAUUCGUUUAUCGAAGUGAUUAUUCACAGAGCUGUGCGGAUAACGCUCGCCGUUAUUCACAGAUUUUGGUCUGCUGAUUACGCUCAGCAUUAUUCGCAGUAUGUGAUAAAUUAAAUUAUGAAUAUAAAAUACAAAGUUCGUAUGUAAACAUCUCCUCGGUAGUGUAGUGGUCAGUAUCUCCGCCCGUCACCUGGCACACAUAGGUUCGAUUCCCGGUCGGGGAAGCCUCAUUUUUAUAAAUAAAAUUAAAAAAAAAAUAUUUAAUGGUUAUUUCGUAGUGUUAUAUUAUAAUAAUAUUCUUCAUAUAGCUUUCUUAUUCUGUUCACAUAGUUUUAUUAUUAUUUUCAUGUAGUUUUGUUACUUAUGUUACAAGUUUCAAUCUAUUUUGUUAGAAUGUUCAUUCAAGUUUCGUUAAAAAAAUGUAAACAACAUGGACACGCAGAUGAGCCGCAUAAACCAUGUUUAAGCCAGAUACAGCUGUUCUAACUGUACAUUGUGAUAUACUUUUAGCUCUUUUGACUGUUUCAUUUUCUUUGUAUAAUUCCACUCAUAGACUUUAACAUCCAUUUGUUUUUUUCUCUAAUAAACAAAUAAAUAUUAAUAACUUACUUAUUCAAAUAUUUUAGAUCUCAGAGUUAUGUAUUAAUGUUUAGUUGAAAAAAUAUGUCACGUUUCAUUUGUUUCAUUUUAUUUUCUAGUAUCAUAAUAAGUAGGGACACAAUAUGCCGCUCCAGAAAUAGUUGAAAUAACACUUAGUGAUGACAAUGAAAUGAACAUACCGGUACCGUACUUAAAACAUAUCAAUAUCAUUGACAUCAACAAUUUUAGCUCUUGUAAAAAAAAUGUUGAUAAUUGAAACAAAAAGCCAUACUGUCACUGUUGUAACUAUGGCUAAAUACAAAAAAAAGCAUACAAAAAUUAAUUGGAACCCUGCUGGUCGUAGGAUGCACUGCAAGUCUUUGGGAAGUAAAGUUCCCUUGGGGCAAUUGAAGCAGCGUUUAUGGUGGAGACACCUCUCUGCAUCAUAACACUGUUGCACGGCAUGUCAACUAUUUCUGACAGAACAUUUCUGGACUAUGUGAUAUAUCAUAGUGCUUUAAAAAAAACUAAACGAUAUCCUAUCAAGCUUUGACAUCAUUUAAAGAUAUCUCUACAGUGGGUGAAAGUGAGUCUACAUGAAGAAUACUGGUACCAUUUUUAUUACUGGUAUAACAUUUAAUAUGAAAUACCAGAAAAUUAGCUAUGUCUAGGAGUAGGAGGUUUGACUGGAUCUAUUAGUAACACUCUAUAGGUCGAAUAUGUUGGCCCCUAACAGAGCAGAUGUAGGCACAAUUAAUUGUCCUAUAUCCAAUAUAUUGGCUAUAUUUAGGCCUAUUAAAUUUUUUAAAUUUAACUUGAGCAUACCAGUAGCUUCGGUUUUGAAAUGUGUUUGUGCAAUUCUCAUUAACGAUCGAUCUAUCCUACACUACUUAAAACUACUCCCCUACCCUGGCUUGGAAUGUGAUCUUAAUUAUUUCUAGAAAUGUGCGUAAUUAUGGGAACAUUUCUGUCUAACAAUAAGGCUCUGCAAUAUUCGCAGAUUUUGGUCUGCCGAUAACGCUCAGCGUUAUUCGCAGAUCUCGGUCUGCCGAUAACGCUCAACAUUAUUCACAGAGCUGUGUGGAUAACGCUUCCCUUCGUUUAUUCGCCUUAAUUAUAAAUUAUGCCUUGCCUUAUGAUAUAAAUAUAUGAUAUGGCUUAUGGCCUUGCCUUAUUACUUUCAAUAGUUUCAACAAACAAAAUCAGUACUCACUCUGCAUUCAGUCAAAGUGAAAUAUGAUGCAAACAGCUUGAUGGUGAUCAGGCCUGGCAAGCUGCAAAUGCAGACCUGUUUACUCUUACGAUUUUGGCGUACAAUGUAUGAUUUUGAGGUGUACAAUGUACAAUUUUGAGGUGUAUACAUUAUAUAUUAUAUAUACUGGAUGUUUAUUUUUUUACUAGUAAGAUAAUUUAUUGAACGGUUUCGUGAUGAUAUUGUAAGAGUUUAAGGGUAAACGGAUCUGCAAAUGACUUUUGCGACUGCCAGUUUUGGCCUCACUUUCAGAGUAUCUUACUCCUUAGUCUUGAUUUAGUGAUGGUGGGCUAAGUGGCCAUACAGUUUACCACACACCAAUUUUCUUGCCAAAUUAGAAACAGCAACUCGUUUAGCCUUGGCCUUAGCCCACUUUAAAUAGUAAUAUUAAAUAUUAAUAUAGUAUAGGACCUAUGCCAAAGCCUAUAAUAUAGGCCAUACUACUAUAUAUUGUCUAAAAUGAUCAAUGGAAAUUAAAUCUACCUUUAUAUUUAUUUAAUUAAUGUCUAUAUUCUAUUCAUUUUAUUUGACUUUUAUGAUUUACUUUGACAUAAAUUUCGAAUUACUACAAAAGUUUUUUUAUUGAUCAACAGCACAAAAAAAAAAAAUAGAUUAAAAAAAAUUCCCAUACUAACAAAAAUAAAGCAAAAGCACAUUUAGCUAAAUUUUAGUAACAUGUUUAAUUAAAAACAACUGAAAUAUGAAAUAACCUAGCCGCACAUAAUUUCAGUCAAAACAUUGAAGCUAAAUAUACUUCAUGGAGUGCCCUAAACCAUGGUAAAUGGCAGGCACGUAACUAAUGCUUGACCAAACAUUUUUUAAUUUUAAAGGGCUUAUUAAAAUCUGAUAGUAAUUUCUAAUUUUUUAUCUCACAAAGUGUAAUCAGAAACAACUAUGAACACGGAAGAAGAUAGUUCCAUGCAAGCAGAAACCAUAGAACCAGUGAAAGAAAGUGCAGGAAGUAGUGGUGCCAACGAAAACUUUGUAGUGCUAGACAUGGCUGGAGAUUCUGAAGAUUCUGAUAAAGAUGACAAAACUACUAAAGAGACUAAAGACAAAACUCAGAAAGUGUCUGGCUCUGAUAAUGGGGGGAAAGCAACGGCAACAGAUUCUGCAACUAAGCCUGGCACUUCAAAUACAAGACUAAGGAAGAAACCAAAAGCACCAGUCGUAGAUGUUAACAGCUUGAGAAGUAAGAGCUACCACACGUGACAAUAUUCUUUUACGGUGUCAUGCUAGAAAAUAACUACUCAUCGUUAAUAUUUUAUUUUAAAAACCCUGUUACCGGGCUCUUUUGAAUAUGAAGGUGCAUAAUUUUAACUAGCACAUGUUACUGUUGUUGAUUAAAAUUAGUUUUAAACUGGGAUUUGUUAUUCAAACCCUCUUUUUGUUUCACUUGCUUGUUUUACCAGAGCGUAAAUGGCAACUGAAAGUCUAUCCAUUACAUGCUGAAGAUCUGCAGUUGAAUUAUAUGAGCAUAUUAUGCAAGCUGGCAUCAGAAAGUCUUCUUUAUAUUCCAAGUGAAGGAAGGCAUGGGUAAAUAAAUUUAAUGUGCGUGAUGUGUAUACAACUGUUAGAAAAGUGCAUUAGCAUUUCAAAUAAUUUAUUAAAUCUAAUGUGCAUCUGACCAUCUUAUUUAUGAAAUAAAGUUGAUUUGGAAUUGUUACCUAAGUAUUAACAUAAGUAUACAUUUUCAUAGCAAAGCUGAGUUGUAUGUUGCAACCCAGAAAGAGACUGCUGCCAUCAUUGGGAAACUUUUAAGGAUGGAAUUUCACCACAAACUCUUAAGCAUAGAAGUAGUGAGGAAGGAUACUGGUGGAAAAGAAGAUGGUGAUGAAUCCAAGAAAGAAUGCAAAGGUUAAUAUUGCCUGUUUUAUUAUAUGUAUAAUGUGCUGCCAUGAAAUGUUUUGCUAAGUCCCAAGUAUACACAACUCUAUUAAAGAAAUUUUAAAAUUAUUUUAUUGAAGAAAUGUGUCGUAUUUCAUUAUUAAUAUAUUAAACUUUUACUUUGUUUUUUACUAAUAUUUCCUAAUAUUUUUUUUAACGAUUCUGCCUGGGACUUCUAAAAUAUUUUCUUAGCACCCAGCAGAAUUUAAUUCAUAAAAUGGGUCUUCACUCAAAAAAAAUUUGCUGAGCCCUGCCUCUCACUGAUAAGGCAUAACUUGUUAUAUUUCAUGAGCCCUUUUAUAUUUCUUCUUUUCUAUGCUCAUGAGGCUUUAAAUGAUUUUUGAAAGUUUAUUUUUUUCUAAAUUGAAAUCAACAGGAAAAAGUAAAGUUAAAUGAUAUGUUCCUCAUUUGAUUCACAUAACUUUCUUCUCUUUUUUUUAUAUUUAGCCUUCCUUAUGUUUGACAAGUUCUUAUCAAAAAAGAUUUUUGAUGCUAAAGGUGAAAAGGGUGAGUACUUAUAAUAAAUUUUAAAAGAGAGUUUCUCUCAUUUUUAACAUUGCCAAUUUUAAAAUCAAACUACCUUUUUUUCCUUGUUUAAAUUUUUUCUCCAGAUUUAUACACCAUUUUUUAAAAAGAUUAUAUCUCCCUUCAAAAAGGAUACCGGCCUUCAACUUUGGAUAUCAGCAUAUUUUAUAAAAUAUUAAAUAAAUGUGAUUGCCACAUUUCUAAAAUGGAUCCUCAUGGCUGUUGGAUCAGUGCUCUAAAUGGUAAUUAGGAAAUUGCCUGUACUCCGUUUCCAACUUCGCUACGCUUUGCUACUGAUCUGUAGCUCAUCGCCGUAAUCGUACAUACUGUUCCACAAAGCAUCCGACAACGCAUACUUGUUACUUUAGAACACUGGGCUUCAGCUAUUUGCCAUUAUCAGACUAAAACACUCAAAUUGGGCUUGAUUGCAAGCUCUCAUGGCUUGUAUCUAAAAAUUUCACAAGUCUGUGGCGAGUUCUGGAUAGUUUCGUACAACUUUGAACCCUUCAGGGCUGGUCCCAACUAACUAGUUCUAACUCGACAUCAGGACUAUAUAUCGUUUACUCCUGGUCUCUGGUUCACGCAUCAUACGAAUGACGUAUACAUGAUCUGCACACUGAAAAUAAAAUACCUGUGCUCUUCAAAUAAUUAUUUAAAUUAAUCUGCAAUGAAUUUGUAUUCAUUAAGACUGAAUUUGAUUUAGAGAUUUCUUUAUUAUUAUUUGAGAAAAUGUUUCCUUACGAUAGUAAAAUAAAUUUAUGAUUUGAGUUUUCACCCAAAUGCAUAAUUCCUGUUAAAGUGCAAAAUAAAAAUGGCAUUAGAAACUACAAGAAUUAAAUUUUUGAAUUAAACCAUUUGGACUUUGAAAAUUUGUUUAUAAAAUAUUUGAGUUGUGAUGAAUCAAAAUUUUUAACAAUUCCAUUUUUAAUUAGUACAUAAGAUUUUGGACCUAAUUACCAGAUUAAAAUCUGAUCUAAAGGACUUCAUUAGGGGCUUUUUAGCACUUCCAGAAAAAAACUAAUAACAAUGUACAAAAAUAAUUUCAAAUUUAUUUCAACAACCAGUAUGCUACUUUGAUAUUUGAUUAAGCUAACAACAAGAAGGAGCCUCUGAAUUCUACAUAACAUUGAUAAAAAUAUUCUGUUUCAUUGAAAACAAAGAAGAUUUUAUUGUAACAAAGUGUUUCUUCAUGUCUAAUAUAUUCUCUAUAGACCCUUAAUGUUCUAGAGCCAGGCUGCAUCGCUGCAGAGGGAAAACAAAAUAAGGACCUUCUCAUAAGCUGUGACACUUCUCGCUUUCGUACACCUCGUAAGAAGCUGUCACAGCCGUCUCCUUGUCAGCAACAAGCCUGACAUGUAACAGGCCUUGACCUCCAUCAUCAGGCUUUCACUUGCUGCUUGCCUAGAAACCUAGGGCACUAUUGACAUAGUGGUGCUUAGUGUGAUGUUGUCACAGCAGUAACAUUUGUUGUUGUUCUAACAAGCCAUGCUCUUUUUAUCUCCCAAAACAGCAAACUUGUUGUAGCUGGUCUUCUUUAAUGAACUACGAGCCGAUUUCAACUAGAAUCCCUCUUGUCAAUGCCUGUCAGCAAUGUUUUUUUAAAAUACGCAUUAUGAUCUAUUGAGCGAUUUGGAAUUAUUCAUAGUGCUGCUUAGUUAUUUUGAGUCAGUUUUUUUACAUUAUGAAAAAUUUUAUAAUUAAAGAGAGCAAGCGAAUAAAGGCUAUUUAAUUUUUUCACUGGCAAAGUUUAUGUAAAAUAACAAAAAUAAAUAAUAAAGCACUGAUGGCAAAAUAGUACAAGAGUAGCACAAUGACAAAACUCAAAAUUAUUUUUUAAAAAUAAAUAAUUUAUUUUAUGGUUACAGAAAUGAUUAUUAAUUAUAUAAUUUAAAUGAAAAAGUAAUUGAGAAAUUAAAAACAUUGCUGACAGCUCACCAACUACAUCAGCCACAAGAUCAUCUCAACUAGCUGCAUGUCACACAGCAAACUGCAGUGACAUCCAAGUGCUGGAUCCACUAAAAUUUUGCUCCAAACACAGCUCAGUUGAUGGUUUGCUUCUCAGCAUUGACUUCUCACGUCGCCACAAUCUUACAAUCUUAUUUCAGGAAUGCUCAUUGAGAAAAUUGUCACAUUAAACAAGUUGCCCAAAGCGGCCACCAAAGAUUUCAUCGGGGCACUUUUCCCUUUUGCCACUGAAAUUGAAAUUAUCGAGAGUGAUAAUCCUGAUGAACGGUGAGUAGCCCAGGCACUGUGUGUUGACUUGAAUUCCAAAAUAAAUAUAUAUUACAAAAAAUUGAAUACUACGACCAUCUGUUUGGAUCUAAAUGAGCUCAGAUGCACCUAUGUCUGACACAUUAAAACAUUAUGUUGCCAUAGAACAUAAUGCUUUACCAGUUACUACUGCUAGUAACUGCUACUUGUACAAGGGAUUAUCUCUCUCAGCCAAUCAUCUUCCAACCUGAUUACAAUCCAAGGAUUAUACUGCAUCAAGAAGAAAUCUACAUGUCUUACAAAAUGUCCUCUAAAAUGAUUAAAAUCCAAGGAAAGUCCUGCAUCAAGAACAAAUCUACAUGUCUUACCACAACUUUCAGAAAUUUGGUUCAAGGGAUUAUCUCUCUCUGCCAAUCAUCCUUCAACCUGAUGACAAUCCAAGGAUUAUCAUGCAAUAAGAAGAAAUCUACAUGUCUUACCGCAACUUUCAGAAACUUGGUACAAGGGAUUAUCUCUCUCUGCCAAUCAUCCUCCAACCUGACUACAAUCCAAGGAUUAUCCUGCAUCAAGAAAAUAUCUACAUGUCUUACAGCAACUUUCAGAAUCUUGGUACAAUGGAUGAUCUCUCUCUGCCAAUCAUCCUCCACCCUGAUUACAAUCCAAGGAUUAUCCUGCAUCAAGAAAAAAUCUACAUGAUUACAUGUUUUACAGCAACUUUCAGAAUCUUGGUACAAGGGAUGAUCUCUCUCUGCCAAUCAUCCUCCAACCUGAUUACAAUCCAAAGAUUAUACUGCAUAAGAAAAUAUCUACAUGUCUUACAGCAACUUUCAGAAUCUUGGUACAAGGGAUGAUCUCUCUCUGCCAAUCAUCCUCCACCCUGAUUACAAUCCACGGAUUAUCCUGCAUCAAGAAAAAAAUCUACAUGUCUUCCAGCAACUUUCAGAAUCUUGGUACAAGGGAUGAUCUCUCUCUGCCAAUCAUCCUCCACCCUGAUUACAAUCCAAAGAUUAUCCUGCAUCAAGAAAAAAUCUACAUGAUUACAUGUUUUACAGCAACUUUCAGAAUCUUGGUACAAGGGAUGAUCUCUCUCUUCCAAUCAUCCUCCAACCUGAUUACAAUCCAAGGAUUAUACUGCAUCAAGAAGAAAUCUACAUGUCUUACAGCAACUUUCAGAAACUUGGUACAAGGGAUGAUCUCUCUCUGCCAAUCAUCCUCCAACCUGAUUACAAUCCAAGGAUUAUACUGCAUCAAGAAGAAAUUACUACAACUUUAGGAAAUUUGGUAGAUUAAAGCACAAAAUUUACCUCCAGUGAUACAACUUAAUAGGUAUUUUCAGAAAAACUUCUCAUGUACGAGAGAAUCCUGAGGACUGCAGAUUCUUUGAAUAAACAAUAUGUGAUCAUCCAGAUCAGAACAGCACAAAUCAUUUAGAUAACUCGGUUGAUAGUCGGGUACCACAGAACAUCUAUUCUUGUUUAUUUCAUCAUUCAGCACAAGCUUAUGUCAAAAGACCAUGUACAACUUAUGAGAUGUUUUCUUAUGAUGUCAUUUGGUUUAUCAAUAAUCUUUGUCUAAAACAUUGAAUUUUUUGUGCAUAAAAAAUCACAGCCCAUGGAAAAAGUUAUUCAUUUGAAUGUAAGCUUUUUGGAUAAAGCUUCAUCAAUUCAAGAAAUGAAGUUGAAAUUCAAAAAACAUAUCUUCGGCUGCAUUCAAUAAAGAUAACAAUUUCUUACAGCCAUGAAAGUUUAGACGUCACCAAUAUAACAUCUUUAUAUGCAAACAGUUUAAUAUUUUUCUCCAUACCAUCAUUCCUAUUGUCAUAUGUUUACUUUCAGUGAUAUUUUAAAUCAAGCACAAUUUUAAAAAAAAGUUAUCUUUCAAAAAAAAAUAUUUGAAAAAACUCAUUUGCUUUUUAAUUAAUUUGACAAAAGGCUUAUAAAAAUAAAUAUAUAAUUUUUAAAUUAUGGAGAUUAAAAAAAAUAAAAUAAUAAUCUGAACAAGAUUUAUUAAUCUGUUAUACAUUUACUUUGUUCAAAUUAAUAAUGCCACAUAGAUUUGAUGAUGUCAGCCUAUUUUGUAUAAGGUGUCAAUAACUUAACAGUAAAGCUCAUGUCUUUUUUAAUUUUGUAUUGGAUAUUCUUAAAACAGUAAAGAAAAGUUAAAAUUAUUUGUAAUUAAUUUUGAUAGUGUGAAUCAAAUGGUAGUUUCAUGUAGCCAUUGUCAUCAAAAGUAUAUUUUAAAAAUAAUCAAUGAAAAUUUCACAUUUUAAUAUAUAAUAUACAUUACAGAAUUGUCAGCCAUAAAAUGUACUACACUGUUUUAAAAAAGUUUAAAAUUAUACAUUAAUUAUACAUAAUAAUUUUUAACUACAUUAGAAAAGCCACAGUAAGAUGCAAAACUCCGGUAACAUCACUGUUGGUCUACAAGUCCUUCAAGAGGCUUGAAAUAAAUGAUGUCCAUGUCAAACUCUCUGUGGAUGAUUCAGGUACCAGUAUUUAAAAAGAAGAAUUUUUUAAAAAUAAUUUACACAUUUUUAUAUACCCAAGUAUUUAUCAACCACCUGGACUUUUGAAAAAUUCCAUUUGUUACUUAUUAAAUGUUAUUGUAUAACCACCAUAUUAUAUUAUAUAGGUAAAAAAAUUGUUCCUGUGCUGUGUCGAGAUCAAUAUCUUUCGUUUACUUUUUAGCAAUUUGUGGAGUUUGGUUUCCAGAAAUUGGUAUGAAACCAAUUUGUACAAACGAAUUUUGUUCCAACAGAAGUUUGUUUGCAAUUUUAAAAAAUGUUCAACUGAAGUUUUGUACUAAUUUCGGGGUACAGUGGAGUUUACAAUGUCUUAAUUAUUUUUGGGAUUUUGAAUAAAAAACUACAAAGGAUUUUAUGUCCCUGGUAUAAAAUACGAAAAUAAAGACUGCCUUUAUUAUUCAUUGUGUACGGUUAACAUAUUUGUUACCCAUAAUGUGCACUAAAAUUAAAACAUUUCAUUAGAGCAGCUUGGUAAAAAAACUCAUUUCAACCACAAGGUUCCAGACUAGAUGUAUAGGACUAAGUACCUAAGUGAAUGCUUUGCUUCAACUCGUUCACUGACCCUCACUUUCCUGUCUAUCUCUCUGAACUGUUGCUUCCUUACAUCCCCACAAGACAACUACGUUCUUCCAUUGACAGUAGAACCCUCUCAAUCCCAAGAACUAAAACUAAGACCAUCGGUGAACGCUCCUUCUGCUUCCAUGGGCCCACGUUCUGGAACCAGCUCCCCUUCCAUAUACGUCAUAGUGAAACCUCGUCCAUUUUCAAAAAGUCCCUUAAAACUCAUCUGUUUAGGUCCGCCUAUGACCUGUGAUGCACCCUCCUUGCCCUACCUCAUUUUCUGUUUCGGGUUGAUCCUGAAGUGUCAAAGUGUCCUCGUUUUAUAGCCAUUUUCAUUGUUUCUAUAGAAUAGUAGUUACUAUCCUAGUGUCUCAUUUGUAUUUACUUAGUUUACAUGUUUUAAUAAUUGUAAAGCGCUUAGAGCUUUAUGAUAAGCGCUAUAUAAAAAUGCCUAAAUAAAUAAAUAAAUAAAUAAAUAAAUGCACAAAUCAUCACACAUAUUUUAAUUUAAUAUUAUUUAUUCUGGUUUCUCCUGGUCAUGUAUAUGGAUUUUAAAAGAGAAAAAAAAACCCCACCACAAUGCUGUAUGCUUUUUAAUUUAAAAAAGACAGUUAUCAUGAACAUUUUCACAUCAAUUAAAACGUCCUGUUCUGUAACGCAUAUCAAAAUGGAAAAAUAUUUGAGAAAUUUCUUUUGACUCCUAUACAGUUAAAGCUAUCUCUCUCCCACCAAUGUUCUUCAUCCCACGUCCUGAGAAGAAAGACACAGGACCACCUGACUCUAUGGAAAGUUUAAAUCAAAGCUCUCUUCCCCGAAGACCAAUGAUGACGCCCCUUAAUAGACGCAUCCAACAGAUAAAGAAGCGAGCACUCCUUACAAGGAAGAAGCCAACUCGAGGGCAGUUAAUGCGAGGUCAGAGACCUAAUCAAGGGAUAGAUGAUCACAUGGUUGAUGGUCCAAGAGGGCUGGGUGGUCGUCGUUCCAUGCCAAGGCGUGGAGGUGAUGGUCGAUUUGGACUUGAUACAAUAAAAAACCAAGGACCUGGUAUGAAAACUUCCAGUUCCAGUGAAAUUUAACAUUGAUUCAAUUACCAAAGACAGUUUCAAUGAUAUUUAUUAUUUUUUGUGUGCAAAAUAACUAAACAUUUGUUACGAUUAACUUGUUAUAAAACGGAAAAAAAAUUUCAGACUUGCAUCAGCAUAAAAUUUUAUUUCAUUAAGGUAUCUUACUAGUACUAGUUUAAUGAACAUUUCAUGCUUGCACUCCAAUAUUGUUAAAAAAAAAAUCAUUUAUUAAUUUUAAAUAGGCAGCAGAGACUAUCCGGGUGGCCCAGGGCGUCGUAGAAUGAACGAACGUCAGAAUGAUAGAAGAAACAGAGAUAGAGAUUCACGAGAAAGAAGCGCUAGAAGAAGUGAACGUGAGGAAAGUCAGGUUUGUUCUAUCAAGACUUGAAUUUUUUUUUAUGCCUUUAUGAAAUUUGGAUUAACCUCUUUACAUAUGAUGCUGGCAUGAUCUAUAUGGCUGGCAAGCGAGGGUGGUGCAGGGGGGGGGCGUUAGCUCCACCGCAGUGCAUAUGUCUCGAAACCAACUAUGGGCAUGCAAGGGAGGGGAGGGGUUGCCUGCGUCUUGCUUGCUCGCGUCUUGCUUGCUCUGGCGUAUCUAUAUAUAGCCUGCAUCUUGUUGGUCUUUGCUCUAGUUUCUGGCGAAUUAUAUAUAUAGAUUAUAUGUGCAGACUGAUAGUAAUAAUUAUAAGUAUAAGAGUUGAAAUGUUAGUUUUUAUUAAAAAAUAAAAGAUUUACAUACAAUGCCCCCCUCCCCCCUUAAAUCCAUGUUGAUACACUGUUUUCUGGAUUUGAAAUUCAGAAAAACUUCUUUUAAUACCACUUGACUUUGCAAAAGUUUGAGCUAGUCAGUAUAAGUAGAAGCAUCCACCUCCUGUUUCUUAUACUUUAUAUCUAACUUUAGGUUACAAAAGAAAUGUUGCAGCUUCAGAACCAGUUGAACCAGGCCAUUAAAAACCAGAUUGCUAUGCUAAGCACUGCCCAAACUGGUGGAGGACACAUUCGAGCUGAUAGCUUUCCUCUUCCAGGAUCAUCUCAUCGCACUUCACUCUUGGGCCAUGGACCUCGGUAUGGGGCAGGUGCUGAGGUUGGUGCCAUUAGUGGUGCCAGGGGAUUAGAUCAGGUAAGACAUUUAUAUGUUGAUAAAAAUUGACUUCCUUAAAUAAUGUAAUUAGAAUCUAUUUCAUUCCCACUGGCUGCGUAUCCGGAAAUUUGAUAAUUUCGUCGACCGGUAAUUUUAUGGAACGGAAAUUUGGUCAAAUCUUUGUUUUCAGUUUUUACUUUAAAAUUAUGCUUUAUUUCUUUUUGACGUGUGAACUGAAAAAAAGAUUCUACCAAAUUUCCGUCGAUCAAUUUACUGUCUACGAAAUUUCUUUCUAUCAAAUUUCCGGUAACCCACUGACUGCCUGACUUUCUUAUCAUGCCUCAAAAAAGAAGUAAUUCCAAUUUUCUAUGUAACUAUUUUUAAUCUUCUAAUUGUUUAUUAAUUUUAACAAAUUUAGGACAAAUGCAUGGGAUAGAGUUUAACAAAGCAUUACAAUAACAAAGAAAGAGUUGAGCAGAAGUGUAAAUGAGAACUCUGUGGGAAUUGAAUGUGGAAGAGAAUAAAAUAUUUUUUAAUUAUAUUUGAAAAUAUUUACUGCACAAUUUCACUUUCUGCUUUCAUUUCAUUCGAUAGUUUCAUCUAAGUUUAUUAGUUUUCUUUGCAUGCGCAUGAAAGGCCAUGCUGAAAUGUUUGACUCUUGUAACUUAGAAGGAAAAUAAAAUAAAAACAUAAUGACUUCUUCCAAAACAAAUAUGAGAAUAGAAGUAAAAUUUAACAAAAAAUGGUUAAUGGCAGCAAUAUCGCCAAUAGUCGGUUAGGACAAAACGCAGUGUUGUAGUUACAGGUAGGGUUUGGUUUAAUGCUUACGGGACCAUCAACUUUCCUGGUGCAUUUCCUUUUGGCACCAAUGCAGUAAAUAGAGUACCUUAAAUGAUAUGAGGGUGUACCUGCCAGUCUUUUUAAAAAUUAAUGAUAAUAGUGAAUUGAUUUUUAUCUCUUUCUUGCCCAUUGGUCUACUUAUUCACUAAAGCCAAAUUCCGGAACAAAGGGAAGUGACGCAUCUUUAGGGAAAAGCAAAAAAGUAGUCACAAAAAAUACAUUACUGCAAAUUUCAUUUAUUUACAGCAUACAUUUUCAUUGAGGUCUAACACAGAAGUAGAACCCUAUUAUUAUGAACUAAACUUCUGCAUAAAAUCUAGUAACUUUGAAUUGUUGAAUUGAAAGGAUAUUGAACAUCAGUGAUCUUGUCGCUAAGUGACCUUUUCAAAUACACUUGACAUUUAUAAUUAUAUUUUCUACAGCAUCCCCCAGACUUUGGGGGUGGUUCCUGGUCAGCAGACCGUGGUGGCAGGGACAGAAAUGAAAGGGUAGAACGCAUAGCCAGACCUGGGGCAGAGCGUAUGGAUCGUCCAAAUAGACCUGAGAGGGUGGUUGAUAGAAAAAGAAUGGACUUGCCAAAUCGUAUUGACAACAGAUCCGACAGAAUCGAAAGAGAUAGUCGUGAUAGGGCUGAUAGAAGUGAUCGUAACAGCACUGGUGCAGAUUUAACUCGUCAGCCACCACGAGCUCAAAGGCAAGUGCAAGCUUUUGGUGGGGGUGGCCCCACUGCUGGAGAUACUGGACGUACUAAGGAAAGAUCUAACUUAAAUACUGCUCAUGGUACAGAUGCUGCUAGAGGAAGCAGCAGAGGAAGGAGAGGACCAGAAUAUCCUGGAUCCACCAGGUUAGUCUACUUCAUAAUUAUUUAUUAGAUACAGGUACUCAUAUUUAUCUACUAGCUAUCUAUUUCUUGAUUUUUAACAAAAAAAUACCAGGUAAUAUCAACCAAACGCAAAAACAAUUGAUGUCCUCAGCUCAACUGAAAUUUUAGGCCUUAGUGUUUCAAAGUUGUUUCAUACCAUGCAGAAAUUUGUAAAACUUUCAUUAAAAGCAAUGUAAUGUAUUGCAGGGUGUCACAAAGAAAUGAAGGUGCCUACAGUGCUGGCGCUCACGCUCAAGGAGGUGGUUCUGGGCGUUAUGGUGAUUAUGCUGGUCAGGUAGAAGGGGACAAUAGUACAUACUAUAGGCGGUACUGAGUUGAUACAAAUAAACUUGAAAUUAAAUUUAAAAAAAAAAAUAUAUUGGCAUAUAAAAUGCUUAAGAUAAAUUUAAAAAAAAAAAAAGUCUUUUAAAUGUUUCAAAAAUGUGGGUGUUGACAGGAAAUGCAUUAUCCAUUAAAUUUUUAUGGUGGAUUAUGUUGUUUGCGGACGCCAAUUUUAAUUAAUGUGUACAUGGUUACUUUUGAUCCAUCUUUUAUGUUAAAAACUUAAAUAUUCAAUGUUGUAUAUAAUUGUUUUUUUGGAAUGUUUUUAUCAAUAAAAAAAUUAAAACCAACAUU